GACGGCGCUAGCAAUCUGUUUCUGUCUGUGUCGUGGAGAUUUUUUGAUCACGAGAAUUUACGAAAGUUUAGUUACAUUUAUAAGCAGUGAGCACCAGCUUUCAGUUUGUAUGAGAAUCGACGGUUAACUGUGACUAAUAAGAGCAAUAUGAACAUGAAAGCGUUCGGGAGCCACGGGGCUAGUGAAUUUUCAGUGGCUAAAUGCCCAAGCAAUACCUUGUCAAUGACAAACAGUAUUAUUGCGAAUUAUUCCGAUUUUAAAAAUGAAAGUCAUGUUAUUGUGGAAAAUGGAAGAAAUCAAAAAUUCUUGUUCACUGUGAAAACGGAUGAUGGUAUCCAACAAGGCAGCCUUGGAUUUUCCGGGAUACAGAGAAAAUGGGCCUAUUUGGGUAUCGGACAAAAAAUAAGAGUUCAAGCAUGCAAAAUGUCGGAUGCUAUAGCUCAAGAAGUCGUGUUUGAAAUUGAUUUCUUUCGCCGUCAACAAGCUAAGACGAAAAUAAAUUUCAACACUGAUGAAAUGGUGGACAUUUACUCGAGGCAUUUUCGUGAAUUUAACCAUUCCUUUAUGGAAGACCAAGAGUUUUUAGUCACCAUGAAUGAUAUACACUUGAUAUUAACUGUCAAAGAGAUCAAAACUAAGAGUGCAAUGCAAGUAAAUGGAAGGUUAACAGGAUUGUUCAGUCUCGGAGAAACAAAUGUAAUGUUUUCGUCUGCACCAGAGUCCUCUAUUUUGUUAGGAGGAAAGCACAGAAUAAGAAAGCAAAAUGCUGGAAUUAUAAAUCCUGACUUUGACUUUCAAAGACUGGGCAUUGGAGGCCUAGAUGAAGAAUUCAAAGAGAUUUUUCGGUACAUUGUAAACGGUCCUGAAAUCUUGAACAAAUAUGUUGGAGAGUCAGAAUCGAAUAUUCGAAAGUUGUUCGAAGCUGCAGAAGAAGAACAGAAAAAGCUUGGAAUAAACAGCGGUCUACACAUCAUAAUAUUUGAUGAAAUUGAUGCCAUAUGUAAACAAAGAGGGAGUGUGUCUGGUGCAUCGGGUGUACACGAUACUGUGGUCAACCAACUGCUUUCGAAGAUAGAUGGAGUGGAACCACUCAACAACAUUCUGGUCAUUGGUAUGACGAACAGACCGGAUCUUAUUGACGAUGCUUUGCUUAGACCUGGAAGGCUAGAAGUAAAGAAAGAAAUAGGACUUCCCGACGAGAACGGGAGACUUGAGAUCCUCAACAUCCAUACGGAAAAGAUGAAAAGCUCAGACAUGCUUGAUGACGAUGUCAACCUCCGCGAAAUUGCGCAACUCACCAAGAACUUUAGUGGUGCUGAACUUGCUGGGCUUGUGGGUGCGGCACAGUCGUGUGCAUUUGUUAGGCAUACUAAGGCUGGGAGUAAAGUAGAAGUUGAUCUUGACACAAUCGAUGAAUUGAAAGUUUGUCGGGCAGAUUUUAUGGCUGGGUUGGAAAACGACAUCAAACCAGCGUAUGGUGCUAAGGAAGAGGACAUUGAACGUUUUAUGAGGAACGGGGUUCUUAUGUGGGGGCGACCUGUACAAACUGCACUUGAUAGCGGGGAUCUUUUGGUCAACCAGGUCCGAAACAGCAACAAGACACCUCUUGUUAGCGUGCUUAUCACUGGAGCAGUUGGAUGUGGAAAAACUGCUCUUGCUACCAGGAUUGCACUUGAUUCUGGCUUCCCAUUUCUAAAGAUCUGCUCUCCUGGUGAGCUUGUGGGUUUCUCGGAAGCGGCGAAAUGCCAACACUUGAAGAAAGUUUUUGACGACGCUUACAAGUCACAACUCAGCUGUGUGGUGAUUGACGAUAUUGAAAAGCUAAUCGAUUAUAACCCGAUUGGUCCCCGAUUUUCAAACACCGUCACACAAGCCUUGAUGGUUUUAUUUAAGAACCUACCACCACCGAAACGUCGCUUGUUGGUGAUUGGGACUUCCAGUAACAAAGAUCUUCUGCAUGAAAUGGGAAUGGAGAAAUGUUUCAGCUCGCAUAUACACGUACCAUGCCUAUCAAAGGCCCAGCAUAUUACCACAACAUUAGAGCUAUUGGAUGCUUUCACUCCCGAAGAACGAUGUUCGAUUGAACGCCUUAUUAGUGGUCGUUCUGCAUGGGUGGGCAUAAAAUCGUUGAUACACAUGGUCGGUACAGCGGAACAAGCAGAAUCAACAAUGCGUGUCCCGACUUUCCUCACUUUGUUAGAAGAAGAAGCUCAGUUGCAAGAAAGGUCAUGAUGUUUUAUUGGAUCCACACACUUCAUCUCACCUGUAUAGGGUGCUGUAAAUUAUCUUACUAUCAGUAUAUCUUUAUAUAGUGAAUGAAAACAUGUUUAACAACAAUCCAUUAAUUUUUAGGUACUUUAUAAAAUUCAAUUUGACUCUCUGUUUAUGAAGCUAAAAUAAAAUAAAAAUGGGGAACCAGUAUUAGCAGUCUAAUAUUUACCCAAUUUUGAUUAGUACUGCCCUUAGUUAGGCGCUAACUUUUUAAAAUGCAGGGGAGGCAAAAACGUUGUUGCCAUCGAUAUUUAGUUUCAAUAUUUAAUAUAGUGUAGAAAAUUACAGGGUAGGCCUGCCUACCUCGCUACCCCAGGUUUGGCGCCUAUGGUUAUGCCAAAACUGGGUAUUUUUAUGCACAAUUUUGGUAGUAAACAAAUUAUUCCUUGGUGUGACGUGCUUAGAUGUAGUGUGUAUUGUUGAUCACUUGUGCAAUAAACGUUUAUUGAUCUACCGCUA